CCAUGUUCCCCUUUAUAGGGAGUUGCUAAUUUCAACAUAAACUAUGAAUUUUGUAUGUGACUCAGAAAAAGGAAAACAAUCUGAAGGGUCUGUCUUAAAAAGUGCACCUGGGAUCUGCCAGGAUUUCCUUUUAGAACUUUCCGAGUGAAGCCUGCUCUUGGAGGGCUUUUCCUGAAGACCAGUGGGUCGGUGUGCGGCUGUGAAUCCAGGCUCCUGUGGGUGUCCCACUCGCCCCAGGGCCGAGGCCAGGCCUGACAUGGCAAGGCCAUAUGCCACACUGGGCUGGGGGCUUCAGUGAGUCACUCUUAAAAAAUCAUUUUACUCCUUGUCGGUAAAAAGUGGUUGUUUGGAGGGAGGAGCUGAGGUGUCCUCAUUGUUGCUGCCUAAGGUGCUGUCUUGGUGGGUGGUGGUCCCGAGUUGGCAGGUCUUCACGUGAAGUUCCUAGACAGCAAGCCACUCCAGGGAAAACUGAAAAUAGACGGAGUCAGUGGUGUUCAGACAGUGGAGGUCUCCGGCACAAGGAGGUGGUAUAGGCUGUUAGCUCACUGGUUUUGCCCAAUUCUGAAAAGGGCACAUUCUCAUAGAUCUCCGUGGCUAGGUUUUCAGGCAUCUGAGCCAGUGCUGGCCACCUUCAUAGCUGGGAGCUCUGCGGGCAGUGUGGGGCUCCUGGGGGCUGGGCCCUCACUGUGGAGCAAGAGCGGAACAUCUUACCUCCAGGAGUGCCAGGAAGAGAGCAGAGGUGCCCUUUGGUGUGUUGCACGUCUCUGGGUUUGUUUUGAGGAGGACAUGGUCAGCACAGUGGUCAAGCCAGGGCUGAGGAAUGCCCUUGAGGGGAAGAGGCAAGCAGGCCUGGCCUGUGAGGAUUCCUUGGUGGCCACUGCUAAGAAACUGGGUUGGGUCCUGUUGGGGCAGAGAUACCGCUCGAGACCAGUACAGGGCUUGGUCCUGGUGCGGCUGGUGGCCCGGGCCUUGGUGUGCGUGUGGAGGAUGUGUUCACUGAGAGGAUGUGCAGGAUGUGGUCUGUUUCUCCCUCCUUGCUUGUUGGCCUGGCAGGAAUGCUGCAGAGACUGUGCGCUGGGGCUCGCAGGGGCACUCCCCUGGGUCGCAGUGGGGAGGGUAAAGAGUGGGUUUAGGGGGAGUGUUUGAUGGAACCAAGUAGCCGCUGAGUGUGCCUGCCUUACGGGCACAGCCCUGUGUGUGAGCUUCCUGGAGGUCAGACUUUCUGCAUGCCAGGAAAGCAGCCUUGCGAUAGUGGGUUUAGGCUAGGACCCCUACUCUGGAGGGGUGUUGCUGUUGGCUGCGUAGCCUGUUGGCGUGAAAUCGAAAGAUGACUGGUGAGUGGUGGGGUCCUGGUGCCCUGCAGGGACUCCGGUCAGCAGAGGCCCGAUGGCUGCUUGCUCCUCUGGUCCUGGGGUCACUCUGAGGCCUGACAAUGGUGCACUGCCAGAGUGUUGCUGGGUAUGAUCGUGAGUCCUGGGAUGAGUGGCUCUCAAAACCUCAGAAAUAUGUUUGUUGGCUGUGAGUUUCGGUUUGAUUGAGCCAUGAGAUGAUUCGUUGCCUCUGCCCAAGUGUAGUUUUGUGGUUUUAUCAAGUCUUUGUCACCCUGACCGGAAUUAACUCUAUCUUUGACUUUAUUUUAGGUAAUCAUUACCAAAUGAGGAGGAAAGGACGAUGUCAUCGAGGCUCUGCAGCAAGGCACCCCUCUUCCCCGUGCAGUGUUAAACAUUCCCCCACUCGAGAAACAUUAACGUACGCUCAAGCUCAGAGGAUGGUUGAGAUAGAGAUUGAAGGGCGCUUGCAUAGGAUCAGUAUUUUUGAUCCCCUGGAGAUCAUAUUAGAAGAUGACCUCACUGCUCAAGAAAUGAGUGAAUGCAACAGCAAUAAGGAAAAUAGUGAGAGGCCGCCUGUUUGCUUAAGAACUAAGCGUCACAAAAACAACCGAGUCAAAAAGAAAAAUGAAGCCCUCCCCAGUGCCCACGGCACACCGGCCUCGGCCAGCGCCCUCCCCGAGCCCAAGGUGCGCAUCGUGGAGUACAGCCCUCCUUCCGCCCCCAGGAGGCCUCCCGUGUAUUACAAAUUCAUCGAGAAGUCGGCCGAGGAGCUGGACAACGAGGUGGAGUAUGACAUGGACGAGGAGGACUACGCCUGGCUCGAGAUCGUCAACGAGAAGCGCAAAGGCGACUGUGUCUCUGCGGUGUCGCAGAGCAUGUUUGAGUUCCUGAUGGACCGUUUUGAGAAGGAGUCGUACUGUGAGAACCAGAAGCAGGGUGAGCAGCAGUCUCUGAUCGACGAGGACGCCGUGUGCUGCAUCUGCAUGGACGGGGAGUGUCAGAACAGCAACGUCAUCCUCUUCUGCGACAUGUGCAACCUGGCCGUGCACCAGGAGUGCUACGGGGUGCCCUACAUCCCCGAGGGCCAGUGGCUCUGCCGCCAUUGCCUGCAGUCCCGGGCCCGGCCGGCCGACUGCGUGCUGUGCCCCAACAAGGGCGGUGCCUUCAAAAAGACAGACGAUGACCGCUGGGGCCACGUGGUAUGUGCCCUGUGGAUCCCGGAGGUUGGCUUUGCCAACACAGUGUUCAUCGAGCCCAUCGAUGGCGUGAGGAACAUCCCCCCAGCCCGGUGGAAACUGACGUGCUACCUCUGUAAGCAGAAGGGCGUGGGCGCCUGCAUCCAGUGCCACAAGGCAAACUGCUACACGGCCUUCCACGUGACGUGCGCCCAGCGGGCCGGCCUCUACAUGAAGAUGGAGCCCGUGAAGGAGCUGAGUGGUGGCAGCACCACCUUCUCUGUCAGGAAGACCGCCUACUGUGACGUACACACGCCUCCGGGCUGCACCCGGAGGCCGCUGAACAUUUACGGGGAUGUUGAGAUGAAGAACGGUGUUUGUCGGAAAGACAGCUCAGUCAAAGCAGUCAGGUCCGCAUCCAAGGUCAGGAAGAAAGCAAAAAAGGCUAAGAAGGCGCUGGCCGAGCCGUGCGCCGUCCUGCCGGCCGUGUGUGCUCCAUACAUUCCUCCGCAGAGAUUAAAUAGGAUUGCGAAUCAGGUGUCCAUUCAGCGGAAGAAGCAGUUUGUGGAGCGAGCCCACAGCUACUGGUUGCUCAAAAGGCUGUCUAGGAAUGGCGCCCCCCUGCUGCGGCGGCUCCAGUCCAGCCUGCAGUCCCAGAGAAACACGCAGCAGAGAGAAAAUGACGAGGAGAUGCAAGCCGCCAAAGAGAAGCUCAAGUACUGGCAGCGGCUACGGCACGACCUGGAGCGUGCCCGCCUGCUGAUCGAGCUGCUGCGCAAGCGGGAGAAGCUCAAGCGCGAGCAGGUGAAGGUGGAGCAGGUGGCCAUGGAGCUGCGGCUGACCCCACUGACCGUGCUGCUGCGCUCGGUCCUGGACCAGCUGCAGGAGAAGGACCCUGCGAGGAUAUUUGCCCAGCCCGUGAGUCUGAAGGAGGUACCAGAUUAUUUGGAUCACAUUAAACAUCCCAUGGACUUUGCCACAAUGAGGAAACGGUUAGAAGCUCAAGGGUAUAAAAACCUCCAUGAGUUUGAGGAGGAUUUUGAUCUCAUUGUAGAUAACUGCAUGAAGUACAAUGCCAGGGACACCGUGUUCUAUAGAGCCGCGGUGAGGCUGCGUGAUCAGGGAGGUGUUGUUCUGAGGCAGGCCCGGCGCGAGGUGGACAGCAUCGGCUUGGAAGAGGCCUCGGGGAUGCACCUGCCCGAGCGGCCCGUCGCGGCCCCUCGGCGGCCUUUCUCCUGGGAAGACGUGGACAGGUUGCUGGACCCGGCCAACAGAGCCCACAUGGGCCUGGAGGAGCAGCUGAGAGAGCUGCUGGACAUGCUCGACCUCACCUGCGCCAUGAAGUCCAGUGGCUCGCGGAGCAAGCGGGCAAAGCUGCUCAAAAAGGAAAUUGCUCUUCUUCGAAACAAGCUGAGCCAGCAGCACAGCCAGCCCCCGGCGGGGUCAGGUACUGGAAGCUUUGAAGAGGACGGUGCUCCGCUGGGGCUGGACGCGGGCGAGGAAGGAGAUAAAUCUCCCCCUAAACUUGAACCAUCAGAUGCAUUACCUCUUCCUUCAAACUCGGAGACUAAUUCAGAACCACCAACCCUCAAACCAGUAGAACUCAACCCAGAGCAGAGUAAACUAUUCAAAAGAGUCACAUUUGAUAAUGAAUCACAUAGCACUUGCACUCAGAGCGCACUGGUAAGCGGACACCCUCCAGAGCCCACCCGCGCCAGUAGUGGCGAUGUGCCGGCGGCGGCCUCCGCGGUGGCGGAGCCAUCAAGCGAUGUAAACAGACGCACUUCUGUUCUCUUCUGCAAACCGAAAAGUUCCUUCCGAGGUUGGAGACUCUUCUGCAGCCAAGGAAAAGGUCGCGGAGCACAUGUGGAGACUCCGAGGUGGAGGAGGAGUCCCCGGGAAAGCGCCUGGACACAGAGUGGCAGUAGAUUUCAGUGGCCGCAUGGUGAACCCCUAAGCACGCUCCUGGGCAGCGAGAGCCUUAGCCCUAGGAUCAGAGCCUCAGGAGCACAAGGCAUCUGCCGCUGCGUCUGCUCAGCCGGGCGGGCCGGGCGUGGUCUGUGCUGCCAGCUCCGUGCCGUCUGCACCUGCCCCCUCCCGCUGCACGCCUGCGAUCUCUUGCUCCAACUUGCAGUUCUUCAGUCUGAGGACUUGCAGUACUUGGAAGCUUCUGACUUUUCCCCAAACAUUCCUCCAUGCGCUCUGAACUCUAGGGCGUUCUCUGGUGUUCUCCAGUGCACCGCAAGAUCCCGUCUUAGCGUGGGAGCAGAUCUGCCCGCCCUGAGACUCCCCCGUUCUGAGUUCUCCUGGACGUCACCUCGGAGCCAUCCCCGGCUCAUAGCUUCCUUCUUCUGUGACUGCCCGUUUAUGUCCAGCAGUGACCGCCAGGCCAGCACUUACCCGUCCUUCCUCUCCUGAGACUCCGCUGCGAGAUUCUCGCGCGUGUGCUGGGCGGGAGCGAGCGGGAGGAGGCCGAGCUGCUUCUGCCCUUCCGUCCAGACUGAGCGCCUUUUCAAUGUUUUCCAGGUUCCCACUUUGCUAAUGUGCCAGGUGGUUCUGUCUGGAUCCUCCUCACUUCACUGUCCCUUCCUCAGCCGGGGCUGGAGCUGUGCCGAGCGGCCGUCGCGGCACGCAGAGGCCACUGCGCUUUGCAUUCUCUUAAUUCCCACGGAUCUCAUUGCUACCAGCGGCCCAGCCUCUAAACACCACAAGCACAGCCCUGGGAGAGGUCUGGGCCCGGCCCACCCUCUGUAGGUCAGAGCCUCCAUGAGCCGGCAGGAUGUGUCGGCGCCUCAGCCUCCCGUGCAUGGGUAGUUAGCGGCAGACGCAGAGGAGAGCCUGGUGCUGUGGCCCAGUAGCCCAUGAUAGCGCAGCCGACACCAUCGGACCACGCCGAGUCCCUCCCCGAGCGUGCACAGAGCUGGCCUGUGCGGCCUGUGGUUCGUCACGGUGGACGCACGGUACUGACCGGCUGAAGAUGUAGCAGGAGCGGCCUCUUCUUUGUGUCCUGCCUGAUCUCCCGUCUCCCUCUGCCUCGAUUUCCGUUCCCUCCCGCAGUCGCUGAGCAGCGCUGUCGUCUGUCUUGCCGGCCGCCCCGCACGCCUGCCGUGGCCUCCUGAGAAGUCCUGCUCGGGAUGGGCGCCCUGCGCCGUGGGCGCGGGUGGGCAUCUGGCCUGGGCCUUGGGCCUGUCACCAGCCAGUCUCAGCAAGAGCAGCGUGGUGUGGGGAUUUCAUAUAUGAUGUUUUUACUGAAAAGUUGAAACACGUACCAGAAUGCUGUAUUUUUGGCAGCAGUGAAACCACAUAACAGAGGAUAACGGAGCCACCCGCCACCUUCCGUGCUGUGUGCACUCGCUUCCCACCGUGCGGACACGUCUUGAGCGUCCUGUGAGCCUGUGAAACCCGGGGUGGCGGUGUGGGCGCCGCAGCAGGGCAGGGGUCUCUCCACACCACGUGGCUCAGCCAGCACCCGUCCCUGGCCUCGGGCAUCCUGGCGGCCGUUGGCCGUGGAGGUUGGGAGCCAGCUCGGGGCGCCGCUGCCCAGGGCCUGGGCUUCUAGCUGGAGGAGUCUCGGCAUCCGCGUGGGUUGGGAGGCGGGGCCAGGGAGGGCCCCGCCCAGUUCAGCGGUCCCGCCUGCAGGCCCUGUGGGUGAGGGCUGUUCUGAGAAGGGGGUUCCCGGCCACAGGAGACUGUCGGGUCAGGAGGUCCUCUGUGGACCCCUACCUGGGGUCGUGCAAAGCCCAGCGGGCGGGGGAGCCUCGGCCGCCAGCCUCAUCAGAGGGGUGGGGGCUGGGCUGCUGCUCAGUGGGGCAGAGGAGGACAUGUGGUUCCGCCUUUGCUCUUCUGCCUCCUAGGAGGUCGUAAAGGCCACUCGGGGGUGGGGCAGCGGCGAGGGCCCCGACUGUCUGGGUGGGGGGUGGCGGCUCUUUCCCGAGAGCCUCUGCUCUCUCGUUUCAUAGUCCAUGACUUGACUUUGAGCAUUUAAGAAAACUCCUUGUGCUGGAAUAGGUGCUGAGCGCCCCUUCCCGCUCUCUGCGUGAUUUAAAGGGCGGGGCCUGUGUGAGCGCCUGCUGUUUGCAGAUGCUCCGUGACAGGGAGGCUGUCUCUGUGCACCGCAUGCUUGGGCUCCCCGUGCUGGGGCCACCCAGAGGCUGGUGUGGGACUCCAGAACCUUCUGGGCCAAGUGUCGUUUCAGGUGCUCCUAGGGGUGCUGAGGGUGGGUACCAGUGGGCUGUGCGGGCCUCAGUGCUUGGAGAAUCCACUCCAUGGGGCUCUGUCGUCCCCAGGCAGCAGCCUCUUGGGACAUGUCCAGGGCCUGGCCUGGAUACACGGUGUCCCUGAAGCAAAGGCCAGCCUGUCUCCUGUGUGCGCGGCCUUGGCUGGGUCCAGGAUGUGUCUGCACUGCCCGCCGCUUCCCGGGCGCUCGGCUACGUUUUCUGGUGUAUGUACAUGUGACGUGUCACCCUUGGUGUUGUGUGUCUUCUAAUUAAACGCUCAGGAGAAUUCAGAGGGGCACUUGAUGGUCGAGUCUCUUCUUCCUGCGUUCCAGGCCUGUCCCUGCAGGCGUCAGUGGAGGGACUGGGCCUCAGGUCGCCCCUCUGGCUGACCUGUUGCUGUGGGUUGGGGCUGGGUGUGUCACAGGUGCGGCUUUGCCAUGCUGGGGCCACAUGCUGGGGCAUCGCUGUGCUCAGAUGCUCGGGCCCCCAUCUGGCAUCGCCAGGCAGGUUUGUAAAGGCCUGUGCUGGCCUCUCUCCCCAGCUGGCCGUAGCGUAGGCCCUGGACGUGGCACAAUCAUCAGACCAGCUGAUGACUCAGCCCCGUCCUGUCUGCUCGGCCGGGAAGAGGCUCUGGGCCUGGGGCGUUGCGGGUAGGCGCUGCUGUGGCAGGGGCCUGGCCAUGGGGUGUGGUCUGGCCGAACGUUGGGUUGUCACUUGAACCUGGCCUGUGGCUUGGUGUUCUUGUCCCCCGUGCUGUGAGCGAAUGGCCUGGGUGCUGGCCGCCCUCCAUGAUGUCCUGGGGCUUCAUCCCGUGGGUGGUGGUGGCCUCAAAGCUUGCCGGCUAGACACUGCCAGGGACAGUGGCCUUGCCCAUUCAGGACCCCCGAGACACGUGGCAGGUCCCCGCUCGGGCCCGUGCCCCACUCAGUGAUGGCAGAUGGCACUGGCUCGAAGUCCCUUCUCUCAGACCUGGGUCCUGGGCCCUGGGCUCUGUCCGACCAGCAAGGUGGGCGGCCUCUGACUCCUCGACUGGGAGGCUGCAGGGCCUCUGCUCCUCAGGCAGCCCUGAGGGCCGGGGCGGUUCUGUCCGCCCUCCUGAGACCCUCCGGGCUUGAGUUUGGGGGCCAGACCCUUGACCGCCGUCGUCUCCUCUGCCAGGAGUGUCUCGGGUGGACAGGAAGCCAGCUCACCCUGCGCUGUCAGCUCCGCAAGGGCUUUGGGGGCUGCUUUUAAAUACCGUCCUGUAGAUUCUUACUCGUGUCCAAAUGCCGAAAAUGAUCAUAACACCCCUGAAUACCUGCAGUUACUACUUAUAAAUGUGAAAUUAAGUUAAAAUUAAAAACACUAAGCUUCUGUUGAAGGUCAUGUUAAGUUCAUGUUAAGUGUUGAGCUCAACAGAAACGGGCGUUCUGUCCAGUGGGUUCACUUAAGGAAGCCUGGGGCCUGGGUCUGCUGGGAGCAGCAAACUUGCUCAUCCCUGUGUUUGUGUUCUGGGCUGCCGCCAAGGCCGGCUCACCGCCGUCAUCUGACAGCGAGUCGUGCUCACCGAGGAUGAGGAAGUGCACGGCGCAGUCCAGCCGCUCUCUCAAAAAGAUGUCUCCCAGCCGGGGGCGGGGGGUGCCACCUGCGCUGGGCGUUGCGGCCUGCCGUGCUGUGGCCGUGCCUGGCGGUGCCGCUGCGCUCCAGCCGGGCAGCGGAAGAAUUCUAACGAAACACUAUAUUUGCAGAUUUACACGUGUUCCUUUGGAAAUAGAUUUUUAAAUUGAAUUUUUCAGGAUCAGGUAGUCGGGAAAGCCGUCACUCCGAGAGGGCGCAGGGUGGGCCCCUGGGGGAGACCCCCCACCCACUCUCGUUCUGACUCCUGCGGGGGCCUGCGGGGCCUUGCGGGGCCUUGGCGGGUGUGUUUCUGUUUGCUGACGCACAGUCAGGCUUUUUCAGGAGAAAAUACUAUGAUUCGUUUCUAUUAAAAAAGCUUUUCAAACAUGGAGAGGAUGUGAUUGUGUCCUGUUCAGCUGUUUAGGGCACUUGAAACGCAGCGAGCUCUGGCUGUGGGGGGUGGGGCGCGAGGGUCACCUGCAGUGCGAGUUUUGUGUCAACGCCUGGCCCUUGGAACAAGGGUUUUAUGUGUGGGUUUUUUUAAACUUAAGCUCUGCUCGCGAGAAUGUGUCUUUGUGUGGCUGGAACCCACUCUGGCCCGGGUUCUAGGGGGUCUUGGCUGGGGCGGACGCUGGCCUUGACCGCACACGCACGACAGGUCUGGUUGGCUCGCCCCGUGCAGGGCACCCUGCGUUGCCUCCAGCGGCCCCACGCAAGAUCUGUACUUUUUUAGGAGGAGCACCUCCUUCAGACAGUGCUCAGUGAGCUGCGGCUCGAACCUCCUGUGGUUGGUUAUCCUCGUUUCACUCAGCGAGUGACCCCGUGUCCACUGUCUUGCACGGACUCUGCUGGGUGCUGAGGGUGGGCGUGGAGAGCCAGCGCAGACUUGCCACGCGACCCCGUGUCCACUGUCUUGCACGGACUCUGCUGGGUGCUGAGGGCGUGGGCGUGGAGAGCCAGCGCAGACUUGCCACGCACACGGGGUGCUCCUUGUCAGACGCUCCAAGUUUAAAGGAGGAAGUCGCAUGUGAAGCGGGGUGAGUCGUGCUGGCGCAGCCGAGCUCAGGGCCUGCCUGCCUGUG